AGCAGAAGUCUAGCCGAGCAUCACAGGCGCGUCUACUACCACCUUCUUGUAGGAAAUGGUCGGACCGGGGGGUUUAUUUGGUCGAAUUGCGCAGUGGCUUGCGAACGAGGUCAUUGUGAAAGGACUUGCAAACAACCCGACAUUUCAACGUUUCGCAGUGCGUUCGUCUCAAAAAGCAUCAGACCUUUCAAAGAAUGCGACGGAGGCUGCAAAAACAAUAUCCGAAUCAGAGAGCCUGGCACAAUUCAGAAGAGAAUCUCAACAACUCAAACAACAGGCAAAUGAUUUUGCAAGCGCAUUGCGAGAGGAAAUCCAAGAUGCGGUGCGGAAGGCAGGGAAUGACAGCCGAAACUUACGGAAAUGAUUCCCGCUUCAUGGAAUCAUUUCGAUUUAUCUUUGGCUGAGCAUUUGUCAAGUUCUUAUCUGCGUUGAUAAGAUUGCUGCAAGUGGCGCAACACAAGAAAAUUUAUCGCCUGUGCAUGGCAAAGAGCCUAUCUUAUUCUCGGGUGGAGCGCCUCUAUAUUAUCGUUCCAUCCGAGAAGCCAUACCAAUAUCAUUCAGUAUCACUGCUUAUCAUAUUCGUUUUCCUCGGUUCUAGGCACCAGCAAGUAAUAACGUAACAGACAACUCAUUGCUUCGUCGCACGAGAGUUAUGGGUCUUGAAGCAAAUCGAGUAUUUUCCAACAGUGCACCGCCAGGUGCCCUUUCACGCAUCUUGACGUGGUCGAAGAGCGUGAACGAAUACUUGCGUUCCAUUUUCUCAUGAAGCUUGUACUAAUUUGGGCGACACGAUGUUUUGAAUGGAUCAAAGUGGGUUUGUAACGCUUCUUCGUUAUGAGCUUAUUUUACGCCUCAUAGCCACAAUAGAAACUGCCCCAGCGCUUGUAUUCCAGGCAUGUGCAGAGUAAAUGAAACAGGUGCACAUCCCCUUGACCUCA